UAGGUGAUCCGGCCGUGAGCUGCGCCACGUCCCUCUCUCCCGCUCGCAGCCCGGGAGCCGCGCGGCCACCGAGCCCAGGUGGCGAACAAAGGCGGCGCGGGGCGCGUGGCCGGGCUAGCGCGCGUCUCCCCGGCAGGCGGCGGCGGCGCGCACCGGAGCCCGCAUUCCACCGAAGCGGCCGGAGCCCGCGGGGCGACGUCACCCCAGGCUCCGCCCCCGUCCCUCCCCGAGCAAAGUAACUCCGGACUACCCUGAGCUGCCUCUGCCGAGCAUGGAGAGCAGCGGCCGCGGCUGGCGGGCGGCGCGGGAGACGCUUUCGCCCGCGAGGUAGUUUGCCGACGUUGCGCAAGGACGAAAGUGCUGGCGGGUGGCCGCGGCGUCCCCGCGAGCCCCCCACGAGGCCGGCCGGGCGGCUGGCUGGUGGAUUUCGCCGCGAUCCCCCCGGAGGCUCUUUGCAAAGCUGCUUGAAACUUCUCCCAAACUCGCCAUGGAUGUGGCGGCGGCGGCGCUGCCUGCUUUUGUGGCGCUCUGGCUCCUGUCCCCGUGGCCUCUCCUGGGGUCGGUCCAAGGCCAGUUUUCCGCAGGUGGCUGCACAUUUGAUGAUGGGCCAGGAGCCUGCGACUACCAUCAGGAUUUAUACGAUGACUUUGAAUGGGUCCACGUCAGUGCCCAGGAACCCCAUUACCUUCCUCCUGAAAUGCCUCAAGGUUCCUAUAUGGUUGUGGACGUCUCAAAUCAUGAUCCUGGAGAGAAAGCCCGACUUCAGCUGCCUACCAUGAAAGAGAAUGACACUCACUGCAUUGAUUUCAGUUACCUGUUAUACAGCCAGAAAGGGCUGAACCCUGGCACUUUGAACAUCCUAGUUCGAGUGAAUAAAGGACCCCUUGCUAAUCCAAUUUGGAAUGUGACUGGAUUCACUGGUCGAGACUGGCUUCGGGCUGAGCUGGCAGUGAGCACCUUUUGGCCCAAUGAAUAUCAGGUAAUAUUUGAAGCUGAAGUCUCAGGAGGGAGAAACGGUUAUAUUGCCAUUGACGACAUCCAAGUCCUGAGUUAUCCUUGCGACAAAUCUCCUCACUUCCUCCGUCUGGGUGAUGUGGAGGUCAACGCAGGGCAGAAUGCUACAUUUCAGUGCAUUGCUACAGGGAGAGAUGCUGUGCAUAACAAAUUAUGGCUGCAGAGACGGAAUGGAGAAGACAUACCCGUGGCCCAGACGAAGAACAUCAAUCAUAGAAGAUUUGCUGCCUCUUUUAGAUUGCAAGAAGUGACAAAAACCGACCAGGAUUUGUACCGCUGCGUAACUCAGUCAGAACGAGGCUCUGGGGUCUCCAACUUUGCUCAACUUAUUGUCAGAGAACCACCGAGGCCCAUUGCCCCUCCCCAGCUGCUUGGCGUGGGGCCUACUUACUUGCUGAUCCAACUCAACGCAAACUCCAUCAUUGGGGAUGGCCCCAUCAUCCUGAAAGAGGUGGAAUAUCGAAUGACAUCCGGAUCUUGGACAGAAACCCAUGCAGUCAAUGCCCCAACAUACAAGUUAUGGCAUUUGGAUCCAGAUACAGAAUAUGAGAUCCGUGUUUUGCUCACAAGACCUGGUGAAGGGGGAACUGGACUCCCAGGACCACCACUGAUUACCAGAACCAAGUGUGCAGAACCCAUGCGGACCCCAAAGACCUUAAAGAUAGCUGAAAUCCAGGCAAGGCGCAUCGCUGUGGACUGGGAGUCCUUGGGUUACAACAUUACUCGCUGCCACACUUUCAAUGUCACUAUCUGCUACCAUUACUUCCGUGGCCACAACGAGAGCAGGGCGGACUGCUUGGACAUGGACCCCAAAGCCCCUCAGCACGUUGUGAACCAUCUGCCGCCUUAUACAAACGUCAGCCUCAAGAUGAUCCUAACCAAUCCAGAGGGAAGGAAGGAGAGUGAAGAGACUAUCAUUCAAACCGAUGAAGACGUGCCCGGUCCUGUGCCAGUCAAAUCCCUCCAAGGAACCUCCUUUGAAAACAAGAUCUUCUUGAACUGGAAAGAGCCAUUGGAACCAAAUGGAAUCAUCACUCAGUAUGAGGUGAGUUAUAGCAGCAUAAGAUCAUUUGACCCUGCAGUUCCAGUGGCUGGACCUCCACAGACUGUAUCAAAUUUAUGGAACAGUACACACCAUGUUUUUAUGCAUCUCCACCCUGGAACCACCUACCAGUUUUUCAUAAGAGCCAGCACUGUCAAAGGCUUUGGGCCCGCCACUGCCAUCAAUGUGACCACAAAUAUCUCAGCUCCGACUUUACCUGACUAUGAAGGAGUUGAUGCCUCUCUGAAUGAAACCGCCACCACAAUCACAGUAUUAUUGAGACCCGCACAAGCCAAAGGUGCCCCGAUCAGUGCUUACCAAAUUGUUGUGGAGCAACUGCACCCACAUCGGACCAAGCGAGAAGCGGGGGCCAUGGAGUGCUACCAGGUGCCCGUCACAUACCAGAACGCCCUGAGUGGGGGUGCUCCCUAUUACUUUGCGGCAGAACUCCCGCCUGGGAAUCUUCCUGAGCCUGCUCCCUUCACCGUGGGCGACAACAGGACCUAUAAAGGCUUUUGGAACCCUCCUCUGGCUCCCCGCAAAGGCUACAACAUCUAUUUCCAAGCCAUGAGCAGUGUGGAGAAGGAAACUAAAACCCAGUGUGUACGAAUUGCUACAAAAGCAGCAGCAACAGAAGAACCAGAGGUGAUCCCGGACCCUGCAAAGCAGACAGACAGAGUCGUGAAAAUCGCAGGCAUCAGUGCUGGGAUCUUGGUCUUUAUCCUCCUCCUCCUGGUUGUCAUAGUGAUUGUGAAAAAGAGAUAUAUAUGUUGGAGAAGACACACCUGCAUUAGAAACAUUAGGAGGAGCGACUAUUCUUACUCCUACUACCUCAAGCUUGCUAAAAAACGCAAGGAUGCCAUGGGGAACACACGGCAGGAGAUGACGCACAUGGUGAACGCCAUGGACCGGAGUUACGCCGAUCAGAGCACCCUGCACGCAGAGGAUCCGCUGUCCCUCACCUUCAUGGACCAACAUAACUUCAGUCCGAGAUUGCCCAAUGAUCCACUUGUGCCGACUGCUGUGUUAGUCCCUAUAACCGAUGAAAACCACAGUGCCACAGCAGAGUCUAGUCGCCUUCUGGAUGUUCCUCGCUACCUCUGUGAAGGGACAGAGUCCCCUUACCAGACAGGACAACUGCACCCAGCCAUCAGAGUGGCCGACUUACUGCAGCACAUUAACCUCAUGAAGACAUCAGACAGCUAUGGAUUCAAAGAGGAAUAUGAGAGCUUCUUUGAAGGUCAAUCAGCAUCUUGGGAUGUAGCUAAAAAAGAUCAAAACAGAGCAAAAAACCGAUAUGGAAACAUUAUUGCAUAUGAUCACUCCAGAGUCAUUCUACAACCCAUGGAGGAUGAUCCUUCUUCAGAUUACAUUAACGCCAACUACAUCGAUAUUUGGCUGUACAGGGAUGGCUACCAGAGACCAAGCCACUACAUUGCAACUCAAGGCCCAGUUCAUGAGACCGUGUAUGAUUUCUGGAGAAUGGUGUGGCAAGAGCAGUCUGCCUGUAUUGUGAUGGUAACUAAUUUAGUGGAGGUUGGCCGGGUUAAAUGCUAUAAAUAUUGGCCUGAUGACACUGAGGUGUAUGGUGACUUCAAAGUGACCUGUGUAGAAAUGGAGCCCCUUGCUGAAUACGUAGUUAGGACAUUCACCUUGGAAAGGAGGGGCUAUAACGAAAUCCGCGAAGUGAAACAGUUCCACUUCACUGGCUGGCCUGACCAUGGUGUUCCGUACCACGCCACAGGGCUUCUCUCCUUUAUCAGGAGAGUCAAGCUGUCGAACCCUCCUAGUGCUGGACCCAUUGUCGUACACUGCAGUGCUGGUGCUGGACGCACAGGCUGCUACAUUGUGAUUGACAUCAUGUUGGACAUGGCUGAAAGAGAAGGUGUGGUGGACAUCUACAACUGUGUCAAAGCCUUACGAUCACGCCGCAUCAACAUGGUUCAGACAGAGGAGCAGUACAUUUUUAUUCAUGAUGCCAUUUUAGAAGCUUGCUUAUGUGGAGAGACUGCCAUCCCUGUCUGUGAAUUUAAAGCUGCAUAUUUCGAUAUGAUUAGAAUAGACUCUCAAACGAACUCCUCCCAUCUCAAAGAUGAAUUUCAGACUCUGAAUUCGGUCACCCCUCGACUCCAAGCUGAAGACUGUAGUAUAGCAUGCCUGCCAAGGAACCAUGACAAGAACCGUUUCAUGGACAUGCUCCCACCUGACAGAUGUCUGCCUUUUUUAAUUACAAUUGAUGGGGAGAGCAGUAACUACAUCAAUGCUGCUCUUAUGGAUAGCUACAGGCAACCAGCAGCCUUCAUUGUCACACAAUACCCGCUGCCAAACACUGUGAAGGAUUUCUGGAGAUUAGUGUAUGAUUAUGGCUGCACCUCCAUUGUGAUGUUAAAUGAAGUGGACUUGUCCCAGGGCUGUCCUCAGUACUGGCCAGAAGAAGGGAUGCUGCGAUAUGGCCCUAUCCAAGUGGAGUGUAUGUCUUGUUCAAUGGACUGUGAUGUGAUCAAUCGGAUUUUUAGGAUAUGCAACCUAACUAGACCACAGGAGGGCUAUCUGAUGGUACAGCAGUUCCAGUACCUUGGAUGGGCUUCUCAUCGGGAAGUGCCUGGCUCCAAACGCUCGUUUCUGAAACUGAUACUGCAGGUGGAAAAAUGGCAGGAGGAAUGUGAGGAAGGGGAAGGCCGGACAAUCAUCCACUGUUUGAAUGGUGGUGGUCGCAGUGGCAUGUUCUGUGCCAUAGGCAUUGUUGUUGAGAUGGUAAAGCGGCAAAAUGUGGUGGACGUUUUCCAUGCAGUGAAGACCCUCAGGAAUAGCAAGCCAAACAUGGUGGAAGCCCCGGAGCAGUAUCGUUUCUGCUAUGACGUGGCUUUGGAGUACCUGGAGUCCUCAUAGUUAAGUGAGGCCAUUUGCAGAGCAUCCGAGCAGAGACCCAUUGUCGCCUGUUGAGCCAGCAGCUGUUGACCUGUGACACCUGCACAGAGAGAUUUUAAUGUGGGGGGUGGGAGGCUUUUACAUUGGAGAGGCAACCGUAUUUUUCUUAUAAAGUUGUGUAUCUUAAUAAAAAGGACUUGAUCAGUUUC